UUUUUAGGAGGGGGAGUGGGGGCGAACGUAUGCCUUGUCUUUAAACCCUUUAACCAGUUUUUAUCCGUCUACGCAAAGAGUGCCCGACAAUAUUAUGGCAGUGUGGUCUUUAUAUCGCUGCGAAGCUAACUAGUUAGCCUUUAGCCGUUAGCCACGUCCAGUUAGUUUGUUAACCUAGCGUGGCUAAGUCCUUAGCAUCUAACUAGUGGGGUGAUUACGUUUUUCGGGGGUCGGUCAAGUUUUACACGGAGACAUAAUUAAUCGAAUUCAGGUGUGAUUCCUUGUAAAUAACUUGUUUGUUUGUAUAUACUGUAAAUGAUGACGUCCAUGGGCGGAAACCGGGCCCGGGGCAGCUGGGAACAGACGCAGCAAGGCCAGACGCAGGGUCAGACACAGCACAAGCAAAGGCCUCAGGCCACCGCAGAGCAGAUCCGACUUGCGCAGAUGAUUUCAGACCACAGCGAUGCAGACUUUGAAGAGAAGGUCAAACAGCUGAUUGACAUCACGGGCAAGGACCAGGAUGAGUCUAUGAUCGCGUUGCACGACUGCAACGGUGACGUCAACAGAGCCAUCAAUGUGCUUCUGGAGGGCAGCCCAGACACUGACUCGUGGGAGAUGGUGGGGAAGAAGAAAGGUAUGUCGUGUCAGAAGGAGCCCAACCAGCCGGAGAUUGGAGAGGACGGGAAAGAGAACAGGGAGAAAGUGGAGAAGGAUGCAGUGCGUCGGCGAGGGGGAGCUCCUCGCAGGGCCCGCGGUGCAAUCAGAGGGCGAGAGUUUCGCGGUCAAGAGAACGGCUUGGACGGAGGCAAAGCAGCAGUGAUGGGUAGGGGCGCGGAGCGAGGCCGCAGGGGGCGUGGACGAGGAAGAGGAACACUCGGAGCGACGGGACGGCGGGGAGGCCGAUUCUCAGCGCAGGGCAUGGGAACCUUCAAUCCUGCCGACUACGCUGAACCGAGUCAGACAGAUGAAAACUACGGCGGAGGAAGCACCUGGAACAACACGGGUGGCAUGGAGACAGAAGAAGGAGCUCGAUUGGAAUACUCUCCGGGAGAAGGAAUGACUUACCCGCCCAAGUUUGACACUGCACCUGGUGCCUGGAGGACACCCACAGAAGAAUGGGGCACUGAGGACUGGAAUGAGGAUUUGUCAGAGACCAAGAUAUUCACCGCUUCCAGCGUGGCAACCAUUCCACCACCACAGGAGAAUGUCACCAUCACCAAAGGACAGAGGAUUGACCUGGCGGUGCUCUUGGGGAAGACCCCCCCAUCGUCCUCGUCUGAAACGGAACCCCAACCCGUGGAGGCCGCGCAGCCCCCCUCCCUUCCUCAGUCGCUGGUUUUCAGCAACUCCAAGCAAGCACCCCCUAUCUCCCAAAGCACCUCUGCCGCCCCUUACGCCCAGCACAGCAUGGUCAGCAUGCUGAACAAGAGUUUUGGAGAGGUAGCGGAGCAGAAAGGCGGUACCAGCGGUACCACCGGCUCCCAGUUCCUGGAGCAGUAUAAAACCGCCCAGGCGCUGGCUCAGCUGGCCGCGCAGCAUUCCCAAACUGGGGUCUCGAAUGCCAACGCCCCAUCCUGGGACAGCGGUGCCAACUCACGGGCACAGUAUGAUAUGAAGACUCGGCCAGAGUCUGCCAUCCACACGGCCUUUGCGAAGCGUCCGCCCUUCCAGGCCUCCGCCGCCGCCGCCACCACCACCACCACGUCGUCCAUGUUGGAAGUUUUCCUGCCUCCUUCCGCCUCCUCCUCCGCUUCCACCUUGCCACUGCAAACGACGUCCUCGCCACACGCCGUCCCGCCGCCCGCCUCCUCCCUUCCCAAAAUGGCGUCCGUCACGUUGUUGGGUCAGCAGGUUUCCCCGAGUUCCUCGGACGCGCAAGGCUCUAGUCCGCUGCCUCUGCAACAGCACAAACUCAGGCCGCAGAAGAAGAGGACCUCCAUUGCAACAAAGAUUCCGGCAAUGGCGGUGGAAAUGCCCGGCUCGACAGACAUCUCCGGGCUAAACCUACAGUUCGGAGCACUGCAGUUCGGCUCGGAGCCGACGCUGCCCGAGUACGAAUCGGCCUCCUCCAACGCGGCGCCGGUCAACCCGAUGCAGAACAGUCUCUACUCCGCCCCCAACAGUGAGUCAACUCCAGCUCUUUCCAACUCCAGCCAGAUGGACAUGUACGAGCAGAGAGCAUCUCAGACGCGACGUUACCCCCCCUCCGUCUCCUCCUCCCCGCAGAAGGACAUGCAGCCCAAGAAUGGCUUCAGUUCACUGCAAGCGGCACAAUCUGCGGAAGCUGCAGCGGGUUCUGCAGUUGCGGUCAAGCCCACGUCAGACACGACGGCGACGGCGGUGCCGCCGGUGGUCGCCAGCAUGGGCGCCCUGACGGACGGCGGCUCUGGUCCGGCCUCCCUGCUGACAACAUCCAAUCAGGCACCACUCAGCGCCCUGGGGCAGGCCGACGAGCUGCCGCCGAGCACCGUCCCGCCUCCUCAGCACAAUAGUGCCCUCUCGUCACAGCAGAACAGCCUUGCUUCAUCUUCAGGUCGAACAUCCAACUCGAGCUUGCUGCACCCCAACAUAGAUGGUGACUCCAGCCUCCACUCUUCCUCCUCCUUCCCUUCUGUCUCAGCCGUGUCGUCGUCGGUCCCACCCUCCUCCGCCUCCGCCUCCUCCUCCUCCUCGGCCACCUCACCGCAGGUGUCCCUGGGGGCUGCUCCGGUCUCUGCCCCGUCUGGCCUCGGCUCCGUCAGCAACAUGCCCAUGGGCAUCAAUGCGGCUUCUAUGGGUGUGCAGGGCGUGGCCUCGUCCCCCGCCGCCGUCUCCAUUUCUGGGGCGGCCUCCGCCGCUCCCUCCUCAGUGACUUCUUUGUCAUCGCGCAGCUCUGCAGCACCCUCAGGGAAAGCGCCUCCAAAUUUGCCCCCGGGAGUGCCUCCUCUGCUACCCAAUCCAUACAUCAUGGCCCCGGGACUACUGCAUCCCUAUCCAACUCAGGUGUACGGCUACGAUGACCUGCAGAUGCUGCAGACAAGAAUACCGUUGGAUUAUUACAGCAUUCCCUUUGCAACCCCAACAACAGCACUGACCGGCAGAGAGGCUAGCUUGACAAACAACCCCUACUCCGGUGACUUAUCCAAGUUCGGUCGUGGCGACGCGUCCUCGCCGGCCCCCGCCACAACGCUGGCACAGAAUCAGCAGCAGAACCAGACGCAGACGCACCACUCGACCCAGCAGCCCUUCCUCAACCCGGCGCUACCGCCCGGUUACAGCUACACGAGCCUGCCCUACUACACCGGCAUGCCGGGCCUGCCCAACACCUUCCAGUACGGCCCCGCUGUGUUCCCGGUGGCUCCUACCUCGUCAAAGCAGCAUGGAGUGAAUGUCGGCGCGUCGGCCACACCCUUCCAACAGGCCAGUGGCUAUGGUUCCCAUGGAUACAGCACUGGCUAUGAGGAUGUGGGCCAGGCUUCAGGGAGUGGGGAUUUCUGUAAGGGCGGAUACGGCAAUGCCGUGGCCGCCGCCGCCGCCGCUGCCGCUGCUGCUGCCGCCGCCGCCGCUGCCCAAAACAAACCAGCCAACUCUGUCAGCGGGCCCGGAGUUGGAGUGUCCGUGACAUCGAGCAAUACCGGGGUACCUGACAUUUCAGGCUCAGUUUACACCAAGACUCAGCAGUCAUUUGAGAAGCAGGGUUUCCACGCUGGCACUCCCACAGCAUCUUUCAGCCUCCCUUCCGCGCUGGCCAGCGGCGGCCCCAUCAACGCCCCGGCCGCAGCAGGCUACGCCCCGGCCCCCUUCAUGCACAUCUUGGCGCCGCACCAGCAGCCCCACUCCCAAAUCCUACACCACCACCUGCAGCAGGACGCACAGAGCGGUAGUGGCCAGCGCAAUCAAACUGCGUCCAUUCAGCAGAAGUCUCAGAUCAACAAGUCUGCAUACAACAGCUACAACUGGGGGGCCAACUAACAUCCACCGACGGAGCCCUGGACUCCCACCGACCACCUCACUCGCUCACAGAAGCUGUGAAUAAGGGAGGGAGUGGUCAGGGCUCAUCUCCUGAAAAACAAGUUCAUGGCGAAGGUUUCCUCCUGCUGAGUUUUCCCCCUGAUCUUCCUUCUCCUCGUCCUCCUCCUCCUCCUCAUCCCUUUGCAAGGAUGUCCCGGGAUGGAAAUGGGAGGGGCUAAAUGGUUAUGAAAAAAACAUGAAAUGACUUAUUGAGUGUUUGGGGAAAUUGUAUUGUGUUAAGUUCAGCACCCUUUUACUUGCGUAACAGAAAAAUGGUUUCCUAAAAUGAAUGAGUGUUUCUCCGUAUGGUUCUUUUAUGUUCUUGUUUCUCCCCCCCUUUCUUUCUUUUUUACUAAUUGAGAGGAAUGAAGUAAUUUAGGAUGGUGGCGAUGGAGGGGUGGGGAGGGCUGCUUUUCUAUUCCACACCCCCCCUGCACAAAAUAUUCAUUUACUUGAUUGCUGUUUGGUUUCUCCGCCAACCCCCUAUUUUAUGUCGUUUUUAAGUUGGAAGAAACAAUUCUCUGAAUUUGGUAGAGUUGUGAAGUUUAUUUUUUACUAAAUAUAGAUAGAUAUAUAUAAAUAUAUAAGUCAUCUGGCUUGGAGUGAGGACGUUUAUCAUGUGUGCGUGCAUGAUUGUACACAAAGACAUGUCGGGGGAUAGGUUGUUGACUGUGCUUUAUUUUUUUGCCAAGCACAGACUUUUCAUAGUGUAGAAAACACAUGUACAGUAACUGUUACCGUAUGAAUAUGUUGUGUCACAAGUUAUUAAAGGAUUCUUCCCAAGGCCAAUCUGCACCCCAA